UGUGAAAGCCUCCCUGAUGGAGGAAUGGGGAAUCUCAGGCAAGGUGACAUGCAUGGUCACCGAUGGUGCUCCUAAUAUGGUGGCAUGCGUGAGAGAGCUGAAGCUUCGCCACCACAUUUGUGUUGCUCACACCCUCAAUCUUGUUGUGAAGAGGGCGCUUGACCAGCACCCUGUGCUCUCUGGCCUCCGGGCCAAAGCAAGGAAGCUGGUUGGCUACUUUAGAAGCAGCACCACUGCUAAGGAGAAGCUUACACAAGUGCAGCUUCAGCUGGGCAUGCAAGCAACCAAGCUGAUGCAGGAGGUGGAAACAAGAUGGAACAGCACCUACUUGAUGCUGCAACGUCUGGUGGAGUUGAGGGAGCCAGUAGGAGCGGCAUUGGCUGGAUUACACACUGACAUUCCCUUUUUCACUGCCAGUGAGUUUGACAUUGUUGUAGCGUGCCUUUCUUUACUCUCUUCUUUCUAUGACGCCACCACGGAGCUCUCUGCAGAAGAACACGUGUCGGCAUCAAAAGUUAUCCCCCUCCUGAAGAUGAUAGAGAAAGCCCUUCAGGAGGAAGACACCAAGUCGGCACCUGCAGUAGCAGUGGAAAUAGGAGAGCAGCUCAUCAGACAGCUCAGGGAGAAGCUGCACAUGCUCCAGUCAAUGAGCAUCUUGUCGCUGGCUACACUCCUGGACCCACGAUUUAAACUUAUAGCAUUUUUCAGCAACACAAAAGCUGCUGAAGCAGUGAAGCGCUUGACUUCAGAGUGUGCCACCGUCAUCCGACGGAACACAGAAGAGAACACUCACGAGAUUCCCCAGGCUUCCACCUCUCAAGAAUUCACUGGAGGUAGCAGACUUUGGCAAAGAUUGGACACUAGUGUCAUGGAGGCAAAGAGGACUCAAAAUGUGUCAGCAGAUGCCACCUUAGAGGUCCAGCGCUACCUGUCAGAGGCAAACAUAAGCAGGCUGGAGAACCCCCUGGAGUACUGGGCUAAUCAUCGGUCACUGUACCCCAAUCUGUACAAACUUGCACUUAUUUAUGCACCCCGGCAUCAUCUGUGCCAUGUGAGCGUGUCUUUUCAAAGGCUGGAGAAGUAG